AUAUAGUUGCAAGAAUUUGACAAAAAAUGGAAGAUACAAUUAUUCCUAAAAUCAUGUAAUGGAAAGCUAAAACUACUCCUACAAUCACGUCAUGAUAGAAACAUAUAUGGUAACAAUAUAUACAGCUAUAUGAUUGAAUAUCUCAACACAUGUCCAAGACUUGGGAUAAUUUGCCCUACUUGAAUCUUUCGCAUAACUUUUUGACUGGUACCAUAGACCAACUACGGUGCAAACAUCUGUUGCAUCUAGAUAUGAGUUUCAACUCACUUCAGGGUCAAAUGCCUUCUUCUAUCUGUAACUCAACUUCUCUUUUCAUUCUUGAUUUGUCAUAUAACAAUUUGGUUUCCCGAAUCCCUCAAUGCUUGGGAAACUUCAGCCAGAAGCUCUCCGUUUUGGAUUUGGGAAAUAAUGGACUUUUUGGCACCAUUCCCACAACUUUUUCACAAGGUUUUCAUAAUCGAUUUCACGGAGGAAUUGGUAAUUUUCAAACUGAAAGCCCAUUUCCGCAGCUGAGAAUCAUCGAUGCAUCCUGCAAUGAGCUCACUGGUGUUCUACCUACAGAACUCUUCAAAAGCUUAGAAGCUAUGAGAAGCUUAAAGGAUCACCCUGGGCAAUAUAGGUCAGAAACUGGCUAUGAGCUUGAUUAUUACAUCCAUUCCUUGACUUUAGUAAUCAAAGGGACGGAGUAUAGUCUUGAAAGAGUCCUGAUAGAUCGAACAGCCAUUGAUUUCUCAAGCAACAGAUUUGAAGGACAAAUUCCAGAAAUUAUCGGAACCCUUCAUUCUCUUCUUAUACUCAAUUUCUCUCAUAACAAUCUCAGUGGUCAUACUCCCCGGGCAUUAGGGAAUUUGAAUAAGCUUGAAUGUCUAGACCUCUCUUGGAACCAGCUUGAGGGAACUAUUCCUGUGGAGCUUCUGAAUCUGACAUUCCUUGAAUUCUUACACCUUUCAGAAAAUCAUCUGAUUGGACCCAUUCCUCGAGGAAGACAUUUUGAUACAUUUGGGAAUGAUUCAUGCAGAGGGAACUCGGCCUUGUGUGGAUCACCAUUGACUAAAGAUUGUGGAAAUACAGGGGCACCACCACCAGCCUCGCCAUUCGGAUCUGAGCAACAAUAUGAUCCAGAGUUCUUUGAUGGAUUCACCUGGAGAGCUGUUGUUCUGGGAUAUGGUUGCGGAUUAGUGCUCGGACUAACCAUGGGAAGUCUCGUGUUCUUAACUGAAAAACGAAGAUGGUUCAUAUAGAUUGUUGAAGAGUCGUACAAUCUGUGAAAAAGAUCGAGGAAAUAUGUCCACAUACGAACUUGAGAACAGCAAUGCAAUUUACAAAAUUGGUGGGCAAAACAUACUCUCUUCUGCAGCUGUUGUCUAAUAAUUUUACUUCCUCUGCAUAAUUUCCAUUUUCAUAAUCAAAUAUCCUUGGAAAUGAUAACUUUUUUCUAUGGCUAAUCACCAGAAAAUUUGACUUUUUAUGUCCAGGCCUCCCAUUGGAGUCGUAACUAGGAAGGAUCAGCAGUAAAACUGGCUUUGUUUCAGUUCCAGUUGUAUGUAUCUGCUAUGCACGUUUUAAGGUUCUAAUAGUUGCUUCUUUUUAUGAUUGUCAAGUUCCAGGUGCAAAGAGAUUCUGAUUCCUUGCAACUUUAUCUUUUGCUUCAUGGUUAAAAAUGAAAUCAAGAACAUGUUCAGAAAAUAUGAAAAAAGGGUAUAUCCCAGUUUGGUUUGCAC